AAGAGCAAAAACCUUGGAAAUAUGCUCUACAUUUGCUGAGUCUGUCCAUGUAAUACCAUUUUGUUCUAGAACUGACAGUUCAUCUACGAAUGGCUUCAAAAAUGUGAGCAUGUUGGGCUGCUUUUCCCCAAACCAAAGACACGGAAGACAGAUUUUUUCCUUGUGUUCUCUAGGCUCGAAGUCUAUAACCUGGCACUGUAUUGGCCAGAUUUGGUACUUGGAGCUCCUGAACAGUGGGAUUCCAUCACAGUUCCAAAUUAAAUGAUAUGUAAUCCUCACCCAUUGCACCAGAUUCCUUAAAGAGAUCAUCACAGACAUCACAGAAUUUGAUUUGGCAAAUAGGCAGCAACUCACACAACUGACCCUUGACACUGAAGACUUUACUUGUUAUUGAUGAACCUUUUAGCAAUAUUUUUUGGUACUGAAUAAACUACAUUUAUAAUUUUGCUUAUUUUAUUGAUUCUAUAAAUUGUGUUUCAGUUUGGACGGACACAUGAAUGAACUUGUACAACCCUUUUAACAUGUUUCUUUGUAUCUUAUUUGUCCCUUUUUUAUUUUAAUACAAAGAUUGUCUGGUAAAAAAAAAUAGCUGGAUUUCUAUUCACUUCUGUGAUUGUAGACAAUGCAUGACUUUUAUUUUGGAGUGAUGACAUGACGUCAUAAGACUGCGCCGCGCUCCUGCAUCUGCUGUGAUUCUGCUGAAGAAAGAUGGCGUUCAUUAAAGAUGAGAGUGAAGACAUGAAGAUUGAGUUUAUUAAGGAGGAGACUGAAGACAUGAAGAUGGAGUUUAUUAAAGAUGAGACUGAAGACAUGAAGAUUGAGUUUAAUAAAGAGGAGUUUGAAGAAAUAAAGAUUGAAGAAACAUUCAGAGUGAAACAUGAAGAUACUGAGGAACAAACAGAUCUAAUGGCACUGAAAGAGACGAGUCAUGAACUUAAUGAAAGGCAAGAAGAGGAAGAACAUUAUUAUAAACAUCAUGAUUUCAUGACUGGGGAAAGACCAACACAGGCUUCCUCACAAGAAAGAGCUCAAAAGACUGGAACUAAAAGUUUCUUCACCUGCCAACAGUGUGGAAAGAGUUUCAGACAUAAAAAAACCUUUAAAGUUCACAUGAGAAUUCACACUGGAGAAGAGCUUUACAUCUGCCAAGAGUGUGGAAAGAGUUUCAAUCAAAAGGGAAGCCUUACAGCCCACAUGAGAAUUCACACUGGAGAAAAGCCUUAUACUUGCCAACAAUGUGGACAGAGUUUCAGUCAAAAGGGAAACCUUAUAGGCCACAUGAGAAUUCACACUGGAGAAAAGCCGUUUAUCUGCCGACAAUGUGGACAGAGUUUCAGUCAAAAGGGAAGCCUUACAGUCCACAUGAGAGUUCACACUGGAGAAAAGCCUUACACCUGUCAAGAGUGUGAAAAGAGUUUCAGUAGAAAAGGAAAACUUGAAAACCACAUGAGAAUUCACACUGGAGAUAAAACUUUUACCUGCCAACAAUGUGGACAGAGUUUCAGACAUAAAAAAACCUUUAAAUACCACAUGAGAAUUCACACUGGAGAAGAUCUUUACAUCUGUCAAGAGUGUGGAAUGAGUUUCAAUCGAAAGGGAAGCCUUACAGUCCACAUGAGAAUUCACACUGGAGAAAAGCCUUAUACCUGCCAACAAUGUGGACAGAGUUUCAGUCAAAAGGGAAGCCUUACAGUCCACAUGAGAAUUCACACUGGAGAAAAAGUUCACACCUGUCAAGAGUGUGAAAAGAGUUUCAGUAGAAAAGGAAAACUUGAAAACCACAUGAGAAUUCACACUGGAGAAAAGCCUUUCACCUGCCAACAAUGUGGACAGAGUUUCACACAUAAAGGAAGCCUUAAAGUCCACAUGAGAAUUCACACUGGAGAGAAGCCUUACACCUGCCUACAGUGUGGAAAGAGUUUCACACGUGAAGAACACCUUAUAGUCCACAUGAGAACUCACACUGGAGAGAAACCUUUCACCUGCCUACAGUGUGGACAGAGUUUCAGUCAAAAAGGAAGCCUUAAAGACCACAUGAGAAUUCACACUGGGGAGAAACCUUUCACCUGCCAACAAUGUGGACGGAGUUUCACACAUAAAGGAAGCCUUAAAGUCCACAUGAUAAUUCAUACUGGAGAGAAGCCUUAA